AUGCACGCAAAGCCUCGCGCAUUUCCUGGGCGAUUUUCCCGCUUGUCCACUUCGCGAAGAUGCUACGCGUCAUCAGCGGCGAUAUGUUCGGCCAAAAUUGUGAUCAACCGGUACAGCCAGACGAUCACCCAGCCUAAGGCUCAAGGCGCGAGUCAAGCUAUGCUGUAUGCGACCGAGGGAAUCAAAACAGACGAUGAUUUCAACAAGGCCAUGGUCGGCAUUGCAAGCGUAUGGUACGAAGGCAACCCAUGCAAUCGGCAUCUACUGGGUUUAGGUCAGCAAGUGAAGAAGUCGCUCACAGAAGACGGCAUCAUUGGUUAUCAGUUUGGUACAGUUGGUGUCAGCGACGGCAUCAGUAUGGGAACCCGAGGGAUGUCAUAUUCCCUCCAGUCUCGGGAUCUUAUUGCAGACCAAGUAGAGACAGCAGCGGGUGGCCACUGGCUCGACGGGAUGGUCGUUGUCCCCGGUUGCGACAAGAACAUGCCUGGCGUAUUGAUGGCCCUGGGAAGACUCAACCGCCCGGGUCUCAUGGUGUAUGGGGGUACCAUUCGCGCAGGCUCGUGUGCGGGGACGCCAGUUUUGGAUAUUGUUUCCGCCUUCCAAGCGUAUGGAAAAUACCUGGAGGAAGGACGAACAGAAACUGCAGAGGCAGAGCGGUACGACACCAUCCGACAUGCAUGUCCUGGCCCAGGGGCAUGUGGAGGGAUGUACACAGCGAACACAAUGGCUAGUGCAUCUGAGGCAAUGGGAAUGACGCUACCUGGGUCGUCAUCCUAUCCUGCGGAGUCACAAGAAAAGGCCAAGGAAUGUGCUUCAGUUGGAUCUGCCAUGCGUAACUUGCUGGAGAAGAAUAUUUUGCCUCGAGACAUCAUGACUCGUUCGGCAUUUGAAAAUGCUAUGGUCCUUACUAUGAUUCUGGGUGGUUCUACGAACGCCGUUCUUCACCUUAUUGCUAUAGCACAUUCAGUCGGCAUCAAGUUGACUCUCGACGAUUUCCAAAAUGUCUCAGAUCGCACGCCAUUUAUUGCUGAUCUGAAACCAAGCGGCAAGUACGUCAUGGAAGAUGUAUACAAACUUGGUGGUAUACCAAAAAUCCUUGCCUAUUUGCUGAAAAACAAGCUCGUCGACGGAGACAAUAUGACUGUUACCGGUCGCACACUCGGCGAGAACCUCGAGAGAUGGACGCACGAACACGGUGAACUCUCCAUGAGUGCUCAGCAUGUUAUCCGACCACUGGAUAAGCCGAUCAAGGAGACCGGACAUCUUCGAAUUCUCCGAGGUAACCUUGCACCGGAGGGAGCCGUGGCAAAAAUUACUGGUAAAGAGGGACUAGGUUUUACCGGCAAGGCUCGCGCGUUUGAUAAUGAAGACGACUUUAUUACUGCUGUGGAAACCGGUUCCAUCAAGAAAGGAGAGAAAAUCGUGGCUGUACUUAGAUAUCUUGGACCAAAGGGCGGGCCGGGUAUGCCCGAAAUGCUCAAGCCGACUAGUCUUAUCAUGGGCGCAGGUCUUGGACAUGAUGUCGCCUGCCUUACGGAUGGUCGUUUCAGCGGAGGCUCCCAUGGGUUCUGCAUUGGGCACGUCGUGCCAGAAGCUCAGGUUGGGGGUCCUAUCGCCCUAGUUCAAGACGGAGACAUUAUCUCUGUCGAUGCCGUUAAAAAUACCCUUGAACUGCGCGUUCCACCUGAGGAAUUGGAGCGGAGAAGAAGCGAAUGGAAAGCCCCUCCUCUCAAAGUCAGCCAAGGAACACUAUACAAAUACGUGAAAGUUGUGGAGGAUGCUAGCCGAGGCUGUGUUACGGAUGCAUGA